AUGUAUUGUGAAUCAACUCUCUCGGAUGCAAAAAUUAAUCUCAAUUUUGCCAAACGUGCCUUCGAAAAUUUAAAAAAUAAAGAAGAUUUAUAUAAUAGAGGGCUAGAAGUAAUAAAACAUGGUCAAGAUUUGUUGGAAGAAAUUACAGAAUUGAUGAUGUUUCCCGAAAGUUCACAUUCUUUAAACGGAGAUAUAAAUGUUGAUGAUGAAGCUAGUAAAAAUGAAAAGGAGAUAAAUAAGGUUUACGAAAAUGUGCUGAAUGUUAAAGCUAUUAAUUAUAAACUUCGAGUAUUUAUCGUAGAGUCUAUAACUUUUCAAAACCUUAAAAGUAAAUUCUGGGAUAUUUAUCUUUAUGUCAACUAUUGUAAAGAUAUGCAUGAAGAGAUCGCUCGUCAAAUAGAAGAGGCAAAUAGUUUGAUUGACAAAUUGAAAACCACAAUCAAAGACUUGUUAGACGAAGAAAAUCAAAGAAGUAGUUGGGAAAAGAUUAGAUGUAGAGCCAUGUCCUUAGCAAACUUUCUUAUAAUUCCUCAUCAUCAAUUUAAUUGUGAAAUUAUUAAAAGUGAACUUUCAGGUGGUGGACUAGUUAGAGGAAGUAAUGAUCACAUAAUUCAACGAAAGUAUCUAGAACAUAAUGUUGCUGAAAAGAUUACUACUGAUAAAUCUUUGUAUGAAUUGAAGAAAGAAAUUAAUUUUAUGCGAAAUCUUUGUGAAUGUUCAUAUAUUCUUGAAUUUUACGGGUACUGUCGUCGAUCUACUACUGAAUUCUCCGUAAUUUCGGAAUGGGCUGAUAAUAAUUUGCAAGCGUACCUUAAUGACCAUCUUUUAAAGCCAACUGAAAAACUAUCAAUUGCCCGUGGAAUUGCUAGUGCAUUGGAUUAUUGUCAUGAAAAAGAUAUUUUACACUAUGAUAUUAGAACUUCUAAUAUAUUGCUUAAUGAAUUUUUACAACCGAAACUCUAUAACUUUCGAACUAAUGAAGAAUCUACAUCAUCAGCACCACUUAGUAUUUUAAG